AUGCCCCGACGAAAGCAUCUACGCCUUCCACAACGAGACCGAGGCGGAUCGGUCGAGAUAUAUCUUUAUCGAGAUUGCAUCUCAAAAUGCUUUGGGAACCAAUUCUGCUAUUCGUUGCGGUACGAUGAGGGUCGACACGACACCUGCGCUAUGUAUUACUUCAGCGCGUACAACUGCACACACCAAACCCUCGUCCAAGCCCGAACCAUCGAGUACAAGGGAGUCCCGGUGACGAUCGACUGCCUACGGUGUCCGAAUAAUGGCGAAUUCAUCACCGCCCCGCCGGUCGAUUUCGUUGGAGAACAAACGCUUGACGCUAUGCACCAACUCGACAACAAGGGAUUGGAUCGGAAGGGGAAGGAAGAGGAGGAGGAAACUGCCGAAACUGUUCGUGUGCACCGGCCAUCCGAGAAAAUCGACACCACCACGGUCGAGCCGCUAUCCACGACCACCGAAGCCGCCAACUCCGAGACGGUCACCUCGCAGAUCGUCAUGAUUCACACCGAGCCGACCACCGAGGGUGAAGCGUCAACCACUCCGUCAACUACAGAAGACGCCGAGGAACACCCGAAUCAGCCCACCGCCACCCCGCACUCGCUACACUUUGAUCCUAUCGACUGCGACGGCGAGAUCGCGUACUACGGGACGACGAACGUCGACUUUGAGACGGUGCAGCUGCUGAUCAACGAGACGACGGCCGACACGGCAGCCGAGUGCGCCAAGAAGUGCUUCAGCGCCGGAUGCGGG